AAGAUGGAUCUUGGUGAUGACCUUCCUGCAGACAGGGUUGAUGGUGUCCCCCCUUCCUCCUCCCUCGCUCAGGACGGCCCUGUCUCGGAGCGCCUGAAGCUGGUGUCCGUGGCCCUGCGCUCGCUGCACGUCCUGCUGGGCGCCGUGGUCCUGGAGCAGCAGGAGGAGUUCAGCCCCGCGGACGGCGCGUUCCACUCCAAACUGGAAGCCCUUCUCUCUCGCCUGGGGGACCUGUCUGACGGGCUGGGGCUUCUCCUGCUGGAGACCGGCGGGGUGACCGCCGGAGACAAAGACGCGCCCCCCUCCUCCCCCUCUGCCUCGUCCUCCUCCAGCUUUUCCCGGAAAGUGCGGGGUUACUGUGUCCUGCGUGAGCUGUCCGCCUGGGCGCUGAGGGCCCACCAGGAGCUGAGGAGCGGGGGCGCUGGGACCGGCGGGAAUGCUGAGGGCUCUGGAGCCCCGGGAGGCAGGAGAGCGCAGGCGAGGAGGCUGAGGCACCGCAGGAUCUAGAGUCACGGACUGGGGGGUGGGACGCCUGUGUGGUGGGAAUAAGGGAGACGGGUGGGACACCUGUAG